GCAAAUAUAAAUGGCCGUGUCUUGGCUCAGUGCAACAUCGAUGAACUGAAAAAAGAAAUGAAUAUGAAUUUUGGUGACUGGCAGCUCUUCAGGAGCACGAUACUUGAAAUGAGAAAUUCAGAAAAUCAGGCUGUUCAGGAAGACGCUCGUGGAACAACUGAGCAUGUUACCACUGCAAUUCCUCACAGUGAACUUACUCGUCGUCCUGGGCAUAACACUGAGUUGCCUCACACUGAGCUUACAGGUCUCUCGGGUCAAGCUCCCUACACACUGAACUUCAGCUUUGAAGAACUCAACACAAUUGGUCUGGAUGAAGCUCCUCCACGCCAUAGUAACUUAAGUUGGCAGUCUCAAACUCGUAGAACUCCAAGUCUUUCAAGUCUUAACUCUCAAGAUUCUAGUAUUGAAAUAUCAAAGCUUACCGACAAGGUACAGGCAGAAUACAGAGAUGCAUAUAGAGAGUAUAUUGCUCAAAUGUCACAGUUAGAAGGAGGCGCCAAUUCUACUACAGUAAGUGGUAGGUCCUCCCCUCAUAGCUCAAGUGCUUUCUAUAUGGGGCAGAGUACCUCAGGGGGUUCCUUGCAUUCCAGUGCAGAACAGGAAAAAGGAAAAGAAAGUGAACAAAAACAAGAUGAUGGAAGAAAGUCCUUCUUGCUGAAGAGGAAUGAUGUUGAUUACAGUACUUCAGGUGUUUCUACUAAUGACGCAUCUCCUUUGGAUCCUAUUACUGAAGAAGACGAAAAAUCUGAUCAGUCUGGUUCCAAGCUUCUCCCAGGAAAGAAAUCUUCAGAAAGAACAAGUAUUUUCCAGGCUGCAGAUUUAAAACUUAAGGGAGUUACUCUCCGGUAUCAGAAACUUCCAAGUGAUGAAGAUGAGUCAGGAACUGAGGAGUCAGAUAAUACUCCCCUUCUUAAGGAAGGUAAAGAUAAGAAAACAGAUGGCAAAAUAGAGAAGCAGCCCAAAUCUCCAGAACAUGGGUCUGAACCUAUUAGAACCUUCAUCAAAGCAAAGGAGUAUUUGACAGAUGCCCUUCUGGAUAAGAAAGAUUCAUCUGACUCUGGUGUAAGAUCCAAUGAAAGUUCUCCAAAUCAUUCCCUCCAUAAUGAAGGAGCAGAUGAUUCACAGCUUGAAAAGGCAAAUCUCAUUGAACUUGAAGAUGACAGUCACAGUGGAAAGAGAGGAAUUCCACACAGCCUUAGUGGCCUUCAAGAUCCAGCAGUGGUUCGCAUGUCUAUUUGUUCAGAAGAUAAGAAAAGCCCUUCUGAAAGCAGCUUGAUAGCAAGUAGCCCGGAAGAGAACUGGCCAGCUUGCCAGAAAGUCUAUAAUUUAAACAGAACCCCUAGUACAGUAACCUUAAAUAAUAACAGUGCUCCAACCAAUCGAGCUAAUCAAAAUUUUGAAGAAAUACAAGGUAUCAGAGAUUCACCUCCAAUUAUCCUGCACCCUGGCUCAGGUUCCAAUCCAUCUACAGUUCAGAACGAGAACCUGAAGAGCGUUGCUCACAAGCGAAGCCAGCGUUCGAGUUAUACCAGGCUUUCAAAAGAUUCGUCAGAGCUCCACACUGUUACGGCUUCAGAAGGAGCUGGUUUUGGAGAAGAGAGAGAGAGUAUCCUGUAAAAAGCAGCCAGUUUAAAACAGAAUAUGCCCACAAAUUGUAGCUUGCCUGGAAUUCUUUGUCAGUGUGUGGUUACAUUAAGCUCUCUAGUUUAAGCUUUCAAUAUUAUAAUAGAUGGUCUAGUUUAUUUUCAGUCAUUUUCUUGGAAGAAGUCAUUUUUACAAGAAGCAAAUUGCUUCAGACCUUCCCCACAUAUAAAAGCAGUACUUGUCAGCAUGGAAAACCAGUUCUUUGUUAAGACAUUGUGCAAAGGUUUGGUCAGGGGCAGAUGUUAAAGAAGUAAGUAUGGUUUAAUUAUUAAAAUUACGAUGUGAUUUUACUUUUCUGUUGGGAUAUGUAUUACUUAUCCCUUCUAAACAUUCCAGUUAAGUCUGCAUACGUGCAAGUAAAGUUCAGACUGUGCAUCUUUGCCAUUUGAUGUAAAAGAUGCCAGGAGAUAAAAUAUCACAACCUGUGACACCCUUGUCAAACUUUGCAUUAAUUAGUGGAUUAAUGUGUGCAACAUAUAUUACAUAUGUUGAAAUCUGAGUGUUAAGAUACCUGUUUGGCUAUAUGUACGCCAUUUUUCUGUGUUCAGUAAUUGCUGUUGACUUUGUGAACUUUGGGUAGAGUGGUGAUAAGAUUUGUAAGAAACAUUUGUCUUGAUGUGUCAUUGGAAUUGGCAGUUAUUUAUAAGGUAAUACCUUAUUGAUUUAGUGGAUCCAUUAUUUAUUAUAUAGGUACAUAAUUUUACAGUCACUGGUCUGAAUAGAUGAAACCACCUGCGCUAAAUUAAAAUACUGUAAGGAUAAAGUAUGAAUGUGAUGUCUGAACUUACGGAGUAUCUGUUGCUGUGCGUGAUCUUUCCUUGGUACAGUGUUUACGAUUUGGUUAUGGAAAGAAAAAUAAGCAGUGUUUGCCAUUUUAAAAAUAAUGCAUACUUUUUGGAAUCUCAUCAGAGCUGUAUGCCAGCUUCGUUAUUUCUGAAGUACAGUGUUUGAAGAUUUUUGUAAUCUAAGUAAUGUACCUGAACGUUACUAUAGGAAAUACUUGUACUGUCCAGUGAAAUCUGCAUGGUUUUGAGUAAGGAUUGUUCAAACUAGACUCUGGUAGUACAAAGAGAAUAAAAAAUAAAUUG